AUGAAUAUUAUUUAUCAAUGUGUACCGAGUACAAUGGACUAUACUAAAGAGAUCUAUAGUGCUAUUGCUCUAAAUGAAAUCAGUGAAGGAUUACACGACUUGAAUAAAAGACUAAAGGUUGAAUAUGGAACCUCUGGUUAUAUUCCAUUGACUACCACCACUACCACCACCACCAAUCGCUCUAGCAAUUCAGCAUCUGUUCAAUUUAGCAAAAGAUAUAGUAACAAAAAUAAUGGUAGUAGGGAUGAUAAUGGAUAUGGUAGAGCACUUCAUUCAUUUUCUUUAAUAACUUCACUUUCACCAAAUAAUAUUAACAAUAAUAAUAAUAAUAGCACAAAUAGUAUUAAUAACAGUACGAAUAAUAACAACAAUAAACAAACAAAUAAUGUAAAUAGAAAUAGUAGUAGAAAUAGCAAUAACAAUAACAGUAUACAUUCAUUUAAUAAUAAUAAUAGUAGUAGUUUAGAUAGUAGACAACAUUUUGAAAGUAGAUCUAUUGUUAAAUCACCAACGACAGUAAUAUCCGAGUCAUCAUCAUCACCCAUUAAUUCAUUAACAACUACUAAAGACAAUAGUGGAAAUAUUUGUUAUGAAAAGGUUAAUUUAGUUGAUUUCAUUCGUUGUCUUGGUGAAGGUUUGGCACAAUGUCACAACCUGAAACAGCUUGACCUUUCGAUUCCUCUGGAUAGUGAACAGUUGAAUUUAAUUACUUCCAACUGUCCGCGACUCACCGAAUUGAAUAUCAACAGCUUUCUAAUUGGAGACAAAGGCAUAGAGUCUGCUUUGAACCCAUUGAACAAUCUUGAACAACUUUCAGUAGUUUCAAAUGUUCAUGCCAACCAAGAAUUUGUAAAACAAACUGGAAGACAAAUAAUAACAUUAUCACCACUAUCACUUUAUAGUAUUUCAACAUUAAAAAGAUUGAAAUCGUUAAAGUUCUCGCUGCUGCCUCAAUUCGGAAACAAAGCACUAAUCGAAAGUGGAAUCGUAUCUGAACAAACUGAUUCCAGUGAACAUCAUCAAGCAGACAUCGAAAGGGCUGUUAAAUCUUUAUCAAACUGUAAACUUUUAGAGAAUUUAGAAUUGAUGAGUUGUAAUAUCAAUGAAUUCACUCUACAAUGGCUAUUGGAGCAAUAUAACCAUCUGAAUAGAUUGGUCAUUUAUAGAAACAGUUCACUCAGUACGUUUGAUUUCAGACCAUCCACUAUUACACACCUAAGCUUAUCAUGUUUAUCAAUGUUACAAACAAUACAUAUCGAAUCUAAAACACUUAGAGAAUUGUAUAUCGAAGGUUGUGAAUCAUUGAAAUCAACCGAAUUAAUUACACCAAUGCUUUCUAUUCUAUCGAUGGAGGGAUGCAGUGGUUCACUCAAGUUGAGUCAUGCCUUUAAUAUCAAAACCCUAUCACUUUUCGAGUGCCCCGAUCUGAGCCAGAGAGACUUGGAGAAUACGCUGGAUUCUCUGAUCUCACUAGAAGAGUUGAAACUCGAUAUUGAGGCAUGGACUGGUAUUCGUUCGUGUAUGAUGGAUUGUCCUGAGCUUGAAGAGUUCAAAGCCAGUGAAUCCAGUCUCGAGUCUCUCUAUCUGAAGGCUGACCACAUGCAGAAUAUCGAACUCGAUUUCUGUGAUCAGCUCAGAAGUGCUGUUAUCGAUAUCUUGACGUGCCGUUUGUUCAGUUUCACCCAGAGUCACCCGACUCACUCUGGCGUUGGUAGCGGUAACACAAGCUUUGCUGGACAGCUACUGACCAACAACAAUAGCAGCAGCAACGACGACAUCAAUGACGACGAGGACCAGCCUACUGCCGAUGACGAUGACAGAAAAUACUUGGCUCCAAUGGUUCUUUUCUUACAGGCACACCACUUUAUCAAAGACUGUAUCAUAUUGAGUGGCAAUCUGCUUGGAAAGCUGUCGACCAGAACCGUUGGCCAUCUCUCUAUCGAACAACGAUCGUUCACCUCCUACAUUUUCAAUGUCGAUAAAAUAUGUAAAUUGAAUACCUACCACCAGACCGAAGGCGAUGAAUCUGGAAAUAGAACUCCACGUUUCAUCCCAAUCGAACCAAUGGUUCGAGAAUCAACCAACUACUUUAGUGGCAACACUAUCAUUAACAGCAACAAUAAUAAUAACAACGACUACGAGAGCAGCUGCAGUGGAUCGGUACCACCACCACCACCACCACCACCAAGAAGGAACAGUCCGACUAGAACAACAACAAGUAGUCGUCCUCACAGCCCAAGCAGCAGAUCACCAAGUCCAUCAUCUCAAUUCUCCUUCCCGACAAUGUGUGAAACCUAUGACGAAACCAAUUGGCAACCAACCUAUCCAUAUCUAUCACCAGUAUCACCUUCACUAUCAUUUAACAACAGAAACAGUAAAAGAUAUGGACAAAAAUAA